AGGCAGCGGCGGCAACGGCGGGUCCAACAACGGCGGCAGCGUCGGCGACGAGAGUGGCGGAAGCUGCCCCUCGGCCUCGCCCGUCACCGUGACCGUCAGCGCGUGCCCCACCGCCCCCGUCACCUCCGUUCUGACCCAGACCGUCUCGGUUGUGCCCACAUCCACCCCGGCUGCCGUCAAGCGCGCCGAGGAGGGCAAGCGCGAGGCCGUCUACCACCCCCGCCGCCACGGCCACGCCUUUGGCUUCUGGUAAAUAGGAGGUGGUUGUUUGAGGAGAAGCAGAAGAUGAAGAAGCAACGGUUGUGGCGGGUAAAAAGAAAGAUGAGCCUGGCAGGAACGCUAGCCGCUCAUCGAGUAUGAACAAUCCUGCCACGAAUGAACCCUCUUCUCCUCUCUUCUAUUCUCAGACUCACAAAACGACAUCAUGGGAUAUCAAGUCAAACCAACAAAAAAAGAUGACAUCGAGAAAAAAAUCAAGAAAAAAAUGGGCGAAAGGCAAAAAGGGUUCUGCAUAUGAUACAGAUGAGAUCGAUUGCCUCUCGGCAGGGACAGCUGUGCUGGGUUCUAGCCGGAGCAAACGGAAACGCAAACAUUGUUUGGACGAUUUUGGGUGAAAAAGGGUUUCAUGGAUUGGAGCAAUCAUUUUUGUUUUGGGUUUUUGUGUGUUUCUUCUUCUUUUUCUUGCAUUGUACAUUGUUCUGUCCGUUUCUAGAGUAGAUAGGGCCAGGUCCCAAUAACGGUCGAUAUCCCACGAAUGUCAAAAGGAUGCCACAACA